AUGGUGUACCAAGAUCAUUUAACAAAAUUUGUUCUUCUGAAAGCGUUGAAAACGAAACGGGCGGAAGAAGUUGCAUAUUAUUUGUUCGACAUUUAUACUACGUUUGGAGCACCCGUCAUUUUACACUCAGAUAAUGGACGAGAAUUCGUUAACUCCGUCCUAACAGAACUUCACGCUAUGUGGAACGACAUAAAAGUCGUACACGGCAAACCGAGACAUAGCCAAAGCCAAGGCUCGGUGGAACGUGCCAACAGAGACAUUGAAGAAAUGUUGGCUACUUGGAUGGCAGAAAAUAAUACAAGGGUAGGGUUGGCAUCAGCUGGAAUCCCUUACGAUGAAAUACCAAACCUUAAUUCUGAAGAAGAUUUCGAAACAGCAGCACUAGAAGAAGAUCAGCAAAUUAACGAAACUACUCUACGCAUACCAGCAAAUAAUGCAGAAGAUAGUACAUAUGAUAAUACAAGAGAUACUACAGAAGACAAUAGAGACGAUAAUGACAGUACAUCUGAAAUGGAAGCGCCUAAACAAACCAAGAAAACAGAAUCGGAUCCAGAAAUGAACAAGCGAGAUAAAGAUUUGGAGC